CAGCUGCACUGUACCUGCAGUUGGUACCAUAGGUGCGCUAGGAUACACAUAAUCUACACCAAACUUCCACUGGCUCUUCUUCGAAUAUAAAUUAGCAUUCUGGAUCAGUGAGUUUGAACGCUGGUCUAAAAUACACCAGUGUCACAAAAGGAAACUGAAUGAUGAUUUGAUCGCUACCCAUCUGAUUUCAUGGAGCUGGGAAUUGCGCACUGUUGGACACUUUGGAUGGACUGAUCUCUUUUGUCACUGAACGUCGAGACAGUUGCCUUCACUCACUCAUACACACCUGAGACUUCUUCAGAUCCUUGAGCGCUUCGCCACUAGUUGAUGCCGAGGAUCAUGACCAUGAACGGUGACCACCACUCGGUUGCCACCGCGCCGCUGGAUCUGCGCACCACUAACCGAGAUCGUGGGAGCGUCGGCUCAAGGUCUCCGGACUGCGGUCUGCAAAGGUCGCGGCAGGGACGCUCGCCUGCGACCCCCGCGUGCACGGGGACAAACAGUUUGGGGGCUCACUUUCCCACCAUCAGAAGCGCACCGGGCUCAGGAGCCGGCGCUGCUGCUUCUGCUGCUGCUGCUCGCAAACGGCCGGCGGACAGUUCUUCCCUCAAGCUUCCUUUUAGGAAACGCCCGAUUGCUGUCGAGCCGGAGACCGAGACACAGUCACCGGCUCCGCCAGAGAGUGGAGACCGCUUCUUCCCUGUGGAAGGUACGGACAUGAAAUUUCGGGAGAGUUUGGCCGGUUGUUUGGAGAGAGCUGCGGAUGAAAACAGGGUCGGUGUGGCACCGGUGACUCCUCAGCGGAUUGAGGAGACAGGGCAGAGUCCAGAGAGAUGUUCCAUACGUCUUUUGCACCCGAUUCAUUAUGGUCAUUACCCGAUGUACUAUCUCCCCCCAGUCCCGGAGCCGAACCAUCCUCUGACCCACCAAACCGAUAACCGGCUGGCUGGUAUCACUCUGGCUACACAUCAAGAUGAAGAUGGAGACACAGCACUCCAUAUAGCUGUAGUGCAGGGGGAGUUAACCAUUGUCUGCACACUGAUCCAUCUCCUGCUGUCGGCUCGCAGAAGUCUUGAUAUCUACAACAACCUCCGUCAGACUCCUCUUCACCUGGCAGUGAUAACCCAGCAGGCAGACAUGGUGAACGUUUUGCUGGGUGCGGGAGCUGACCCCUCUGCCUUGGACCGUAACGGCCAAACAGCACUCCACCUCUGCUGUGAAUACAACCAACGAGAAUGUCUGUCUGUAGUGCUCUCUCGGUCCUCAUCCCCCACAUGCUUGGAGAUCAGAAACUAUGAGGGUUUGAGCCCUCUCCAUCUGGCUGUGUUGCUGGGCCACAAGGAUAUAGCCAGAAUGCUGCUGGAUGCCGGAGCUGACAUCAAUGCAAUGGACAUCAAAAGUGGCCAGAGUCCCCUCAUGCAUGCGGUCGAGAGCAAUAACGCAGACAUGGUCCACUUCCUCAUUGAGCAGAAUGGCUGUGAUGUCAACAGCCAGUCCUACAGUGGCAACACAGCCCUGCACAGCGCCUGUGGCAGAGGUCAGGUGGACACGGUGCGGUUGCUGCUGAAGAGUGGAGCUGACAGCAGCCUCAAGAACUACCACAACGACACCCCUGUCAUGGUGGCCAAGAACAAGAAAAUCGCAGAUGUGUUACGAGGGAGAGGCUCCAAGCACAUAAGAGUUCAAGAUCAACAAAGUGUGUCAGUCUCACCACAUGGGAGCAGUUUAAUGGAAAAUGGGUCUCCAUCUCCCAGCCAGAGUCGCGGGUGUUCGCCUUUGACUACACCGCACACCCCUCAUCACAGCACGUCCCACUCUCCAAAGACUCCAUCUGUGCCUGUAUUUCCUUUUUACUAGCUCAGAGUUAUUGCCCAGUGCAACUUGCAACUACCUCUACACAGCCAGCCAACAAAGAGACAAUCAGAAUUCAGUGCCCAACAGGACACUCGGGAGAAGGUUCAGCCAAUGGGGAAGACAGCAAUAGACUGAAAUUUGACUUCCCUACAACCUUGCCCUCUUUUCCUGGACUUCUUGCUUUAAUGGGUGGACAGAGUGCCGGCUUAUCCAGCUGCUAUAGUGGGUACUCCCCUUGUGACUGAGAGCAAAAUGGUCACCUACAAGCUGCUGCAGUGAUCAGCUCCACUUUUGGACAUUUUGAGUCUUUUAAAAAUUGUGUCCAGUCUGCUUAGAGCAAGGCUUAACAAUGUUACUCAAUAUGUGAAAUAUUGCACAGUCAAAUCCCUUCUUUUUGCUAUUUUAAUAACCUAUGUCUACUGCACCUUUAAGGUAUGUUUGUGUGCAUAUGUACCUGUACGCGUGUUUGGUAUCACUGACAAAAGUUGUAGAUAUUUUUUAUAUAAAAUCUGUCCAACAGA